UAUUUGAGCAAGCGAGGGCAGUCCGCAUGAACCCACUUUGUCGCUCUCCCAACUCCCGUUUGCGCUCUCUUUAAUCUCUCUCAGAAUCUCUCCCUCUAUAAUAUGUAGAUCCUCUGCUAAAAUCUGAAAGAUACUCCCUCCCCUAUAUACACAACUUAUUUUUAUCUAUAUAUCUUUGUACUUGUGCCCGAAGACCUCCACAACUCUCUCUCUCUCUCCCGCAGUCCAGUCUCUCUCUCCACCAUCUCUCUCAGUCUAGUCUCUCCCUCUCUCCCAUCUCUCUCUCCCUCUCCCUCUCCCAGUCCAGUCUCUCUCUCCACCAUCUCUCUCAGUCUAGUCUCUCCCUCUCUCCCUCCCUCUCUCUCUUCUCUCUCUCGACUCUCCCCCAUCUCUCCCUCUCUCUCUCUCUCCCUCUCCCUCCCUCUCUCUCUCCCUCUCUCUCUUCUCUCUCUCCCUCUCCCUCUCCCUCUCCCUCUCUGCCUCUCUCUCCCCCAUCUCUCUCAGUCUAGUUUCUCUCUCUGGUUGAUAAAAAUGGGAAGAGAGUUGUGCACAAGAAUGACAAACACAUGGAAACAAAACAAGAAAACCAUAAACGAAACGAUCGCACAAACCAAACUGGGCAAGUACUUCAAGCUAGAAGCAAGAAACACAUCGUUCACAACAGAGUUCCGUGCAGCCACCGCCACUUUUCUCACCAUGGCCUAUAUCAUCACUGUCAACGCAACCAUCCUUGCCGACUCCGGCGCCACUUGCUCCGUCUCCGACUGUUCUUCUCCGGCGAAUCAAACUGCGGGGCCUGACUGCACAAUGAAGCCCAAUGCUGGCUAUCAAACAUGUUUGUCAAAAGUCAAGAGUGAUCUCAUUGUGGCAACUGCUUUAGCUUCCAUGGUUGGGUCAUUUGCUAUGGGCCUGUUUGCUAAUCUGCCUCUGGGCUUGGCUCCUGGAAUGGGCCCAAAUGCUUACAUAGCUUAUAAUCUAGUGGGUUUUCAUGGCUCCGGGCCCAUUUCGUACCAGACCUGCAUGGCUAUAGUUCUAGUCGAGGGUUGUGCAUUUCUUGCCAUAGCUGCUUUUGGGCUCCGUGCUAAGCUAGCUAGAUUCAUCCCUCAGCCUGUCAGGCUGGCCUGUGCAGCAGGCAUUGGGCUUUUUAUCGCCUUUGUGGGCCUCCAGGCCCAUCAAGGCGUGGGCCUGGUCGGACCCGACCCGUCAACUCUCGUGACAUUGACCGCAUGUUCGAGAAUUGACCCUGUCACCGGUGCAUGCAUCGGUGGCAAAAUGCGGAGCCCGACGUUCUGGCUCGGGGCCGUCGGGUUCCUAAUCAUGUCAUUUGGCCUAAUGAAAGGGAUCAAGGGGAGCAUGAUUUAUGGUUUAGUGUUUGUCACACUAAUUUCAUGGAUUAGAGGCACUAGUGUAACAACAUUUCCUAGCACUCCACUUGGUGACACAAAUUAUAACUAUUUCACAAAGGUGGUGGAUUUCCAAGGCAUAAAAUCUACUGCAGGAGCUAUUAGUUUCACAGAAUUUAAUCGCCUGGAAGUGUUAAUUGCUUUAGUGACUCUGUUAUAUGUCGAUGUGCUAGCCACCACAGGCACAUUGUACACAAUGGCAGAAAUCGCGGGCUUUGUGAAUGAGGAAGGUACAUUUGAAGGCGAAUAUGUUGCCUACAUGGUUGAUGCAGGCUCGACGGUAGUAGGUUCUGCUCUCGGGGUUUCUCCUAUAGCCACAUACGUCGAAUCAACAGCCGGGAUCAGGGAAGGAGGCCGAACAGGCCUUACAGGAGUGAUCAUAGGGGUGUAUUUCUUUAUAUCCCUAUUUUUCAUACCUCUAUUGGCCAAUGUACCUCCCUGGGCAAUCGGUCCGUCUUUAGUCAUGGUUGGAGUGAUGAUGAUGGGAGUUGUUAAGGACAUAGAUUGGAGCAGCACAAAGACUGCAGUGCCUGCUUUCGUGACAAUGCUGCUUAUGCCGAUCACAUAUUCCAUUUCCAAUGGGAUUAUCGGAGGCAUCGGUGUUUAUAUCUUGCUUAGUGCUUAUGAUUAUGCAGUGGACUGCUUUACAUGGUUUGUCGAGAUGAGGAGAAGGAUGGUUAAGGAAGAAAAUCAAGUGUCUGCAACAAGUGCAGUAGAUUCAGGUGUUGAGAUGAUCUAGUAUCGACUUGUAUGCCGUGCUUUGAUUUUGUUCAUGUGUUAGCAAUAGAUGCAAUAGCUACCAUGAGAAAUCAGAAUUCUCUAUGUUUAGACUAUAGACUUGUAGAGAGCUUAGUUAUUCAGUGGCCGCUUGUGCAUCUUUUGAUGUUGUUUUCAGAUUAACUAGAAAUCUGCUUGUAAGUUAGUUCAGUAAUUUUCUUAUCAUGCUAUUGCUUUUUCCCAGAA